AUGUUCCAGUCAUUUACUGGAAAGGCGCGACGACCACGGCAGGUCAACCUCUCAAACAGGCCAACUAUCCCUUCUACACACUCUUCCGGACGUCAUGGCUCCGCCGGCCAGGGCCCGCAGGCAACCCUCGCCCUCGCCCAGCAGGAACGCCGCCAGCGACGACUAGACAGAGAGCGCUUGCAGGCAAGCCGCAUUCUACAACGGACAUGGAGAGGAUACAAGGCCCGAAAAGCAAUCAAAGAUGCUUGGAGAAUAGAGUGGGAUAAUGUGGAACGAAAUAGAGGCUCCGAUGUCAUCCCCGGUUCGGAUGUAGGAGCCCCAGUGUGGAUGGGUUCGCUGCGGCCCUACACAAAUCCUACGGAUUGCUUGUCUCAACUUAGGAAACUGUUGCGUUUUGUUUCGAUUAAGGAUCAGGAUGACUGGUCCCGGCUAUCAUAUUUUGCAAAAUCUUUCCAAAUGACUCUGGAAGAGGCUCCGGUUCUGCAGCCUGACGGAGAAUGGCCGCUCACACUUGGCCGCCUCGGAGGAGUUGCACUUCAGUUCCUUGCCAUAAUACCCUCGUCGAUACCAUCUCUAUCGUUGGUUAACGAUCUCCUCCAGCUUAUAUCGUUUCUGUCUACCUUGAUACCCACUCAGAUGACUCGACAGGCUGAACAGUAUUAUUCUGCUCUAGCUGCCAUAGCUCUCAACCUCCAGUCCUCCCCAUUGAAUACUAGUCAAACCAGAGACAUGGUGGUGAAAAGCGUACUCGCCCUCCUUCAACCGAUCACAUCGGAAACUCUCGAUGCUUAUGGGUGGUUCGGACGAGUCUUCUUAACAAUUCCGUCUCUUGACCGCCAUCUUGGAGCGCUAGGUGACCUAGCCACUGGGAUAAACUAUAAACUUCUGGCUUCCGCGAUAGAUUCACAUAUCCUACCGUUCGCAGAUUUCUUUCUCCAGUCAACGGAUGUGGACAAACGAUUGUGGCUGCUCUCCUAUUUCAUCUUCUUCCAUCGACACGCUCAGGGUAAUGGUGUGGUCAAGCAGGCUCCAGAGACUUUGUUUGUUAAGGUCGUGUCCGGCCUACUCGGUCCAGUUUCUGGUGACAUAUCUCGUCGGCUUGAUGGCGAGGAAAAGUCCCAGGCUAGGCUUCUUCCUCCGUUCGUUCGAAACCAGCUCCUCACCCUAGUCGACCAGCACAGCAUCACACACCUUCUAGGCCAGGCAGCAUCAAGUCGGGUUUCAACUAACAAAGCUUCUCAGCUACACUUACAGGCGUCGGAUGAUGCAAAGGCCCUAGCAGCCUAUGCGCUAACGCUUUUAAGAGCAUUUCCCAAGAGAGGUGACGAAAUACGCAUGUGGCUUUACUUAGGUUCCGCGAUGGAAACAGGAGUAGAUGGGGGUUCAGCGUCUGGUCGAUUGCCUGCUAUCAAGUACUUUUGGAACGCAUCUAGAUCAACAAAGGUAUUUCUAAAUAUAACGCAAAAGCCGCGCGAUGUCCUGGCAAUGCUUCAAGCAGGCUCUGCACUUAGCUCCCAAGGCGCAAGUCCAACAGUCCAACAAAGCAGCGAUCAAGAUCAAGAAUGGACAAUCAUUCUCCUGUUUCUUGAGCUUUAUACUUUUCUUCUCAAAGUUUUGGACGAUGAAGAAUUCUUUUCUGCCACUCCUUCGCUAGGAAGAACUACAAACUCGAAUGCUUCCUGGACACAGGAGAGUGCUUUACCACUUGAUGAUGUUAAGAGUUUGACGCUUUUCUUGAAGAACUUGGCGUUCACACUAUAUUGGAAUGCGGCGGAUUUGACCUCUGCGAAUGUAGAUACCACUGACCCCAGCGGCAUCCGAAAUUACUUCAGUACCCGUUCUACGAAACUAGAGCCGGAAUCCUCAACCCUAAAAUCCAAGAGCGGAACAUUAAUGAGCGUUACUGGCAUACCUCUAGAAUAUUUCAAAGGAUUAGUGACGGGAUUGUUACGCAUGGUACACGAAAGAGACUCGAGGCGGAAAUUUUUGCCUGACGGCCAUUGGCUUAUGGUCGACCGCUUAGAUAUGGAAGGGUUCAUUCCUACGGUCGUCGCUGAGGAGGAAAAUAGAAAUCAGCUCCAAGAUGAUGACGAUGACGAUGAUGACAAUGAGGAGACGCCAGAUGACACAAUGGAUGACGAUUAUGACCACUCCCGGGGCUUGAUAGGGACCGGAAGGGCUCAGCAGCUUCGCCGAAUCGAAGAGCUUAGAAAGCGACAACAGCAAGUCGCACGGAGGAAAGAGCUCGAAGCUGUUGCCCCGCGACUGGAAAUUUUGAGGAACAUACCAUUUUUCAUACCUUUCGCCACCCGUGUGCAGAUAUUCCGGGAGUUUAUCUUUAGAGACCAAGUUCAGAGAAGAAGGGGGUAUAUCGACCCCGACUCCUGGCGCUUAUCUGUUGCUCAUAGCCUGAUGGGAUUGGGCAGUGACGGUAGGCCCAUGGGACAUGACAUCUUGAACAAGCAUCAUGCGAACAUAAGACGAGAAUCGCUGUUCCAGGACGCGUUCGAACAGUUCUACGAGCUAGGGGACGGUUUGAAGGAACCGAUACAGAUUUCAUUUAUCGACAAAUUUGGCACGCCAGAAGCAGGAAUCGAUGGUGGUGGUGUCACCAAGGAAUUUCUCACGAGCGUGAUUAAUGACGCCUUCAAUCCAUCGGGUGCCUCCAGCCUUUUUAUCGAAAACGAUCAGCACCUAUUGUACCCGAACCCUACACUCAUAGAACAGCGAAAGGCUGAGCUUCGGCGACAGGGAAUUCCCGACAGAAGCGUCACCAUGAAUGCAGAGGUUAAAGAAUUAUUGAAGCGGUACGAGUUUCUAGGUCGUAUCAUCGGGAAAUGUCUUUAUGAGGGGAUUCUGGUGGAUGUCAGCUUCGCGGGGUUCUUUCUUUUGAAAUGGGCCCUGACUGGAGGGACGAGCUCGGCGCGCAAAGAGUCUUCGUAUCGUGCUAAUCUCAAUGACGUGCGGGAUCUCGACGAAAGCCUGUACCAGGGACUGCUCCAACUAAAAAACUACCCUGGAGACGUCGAAGACUUCUCUCUAAACUUCACUCUCACAGAUACUAUAGACAUUCCCAUUGAAAAACCUGACGGCACCACCGAGACAAUCACAGAAAGCAUAACCAGAGACCUAAAACCACACGGCUCCGAGAUCCCUGUGACAAACCAAAACCGACUCGUCUACAUCUCCUACAUCGCCCGCCACCGUCUCCAAGCACAGCCCUACCUACAAACCAACGCCUUCCUCCAGGGCCUCGGCACCAUCAUCCAGCCCUCCUGGCUAUCCAUGUUCAACCAGUCCGAACUCCAAACCCUCAUCGGCGGAGACGCGGGGGAGAUCGACGUGGCCGACCUACGGCGUAACACCGUCUACAGCGGCGUCUACGUGAUCGGCGACGAUAACCAGGAACACCCCACAAUCAAACUAUUUUGGGAAGUGCUACACGCGAUGACGAACGCAGACAGGCAGAAGGUGCUCAAGUUCGUGACGUCGACGCCCCGCGCACCGUUGUUGGGAUUCAGCCAUUUGAAUCCGCGGUUUAGCAUACGCGAUUCGAGCGCGGAUGAGGAGCGCUUACCCAGCACGAGUACGUGUGCGAAUUUGCUGAAGUUACCGCGGUAUACGCGGCGGGAUACAUUGAGGGAGAAACUGAUGUAUGCGAUUAAUGCGGGGGCUGGGUUUGAUUUGAGUUAA